ACAACUCUUGAAAUGCAUCAUGAAAUGAGUCUCGGACUCUUGACGUGGCACCGACUCCAUGUUGAGUUGCUACGUCAUCAGCUCGAGAGCUCGCUCGAGCCCGUGAGCGCGCUGUCACUGACUGAGAGUCUCCGAGGAGGCACAAAAUCAAGGCUUCAGAUUCCAGAGGGUGCGAUGGCGACCUUCCAGGAGUUCAUCCAGCAGAACGAGGACCGCGAUGGUGUCCGUUUCAGUUGGAACGUUUGGCCGUCCAGUCGUCUGGAAGCCACGCGUAUGGUGGUUCCGGUGGCCUCCCUGUUCACCCCGCUGAAAGAGCGGCCGGAUCUUCCCCCGAUUCAGUACGAGCCGGUGCUGUGCAGCCGGGCCACGUGCAGAGCUGUGCUCAAUCCUCUGUGUCAAGUGGAUUACAGAGCAAAACUCUGGGCGUGCAACUUCUGUUAUCAGAGAAAUCAGUUCCCACCAACUUAUGCUGGAAUAUCAGAGGUCAACCAACCUGCUGAGCUUCUCCCACAGUUCUCCACUAUUGAAUAUGUUGUCCAGCGUGGUCCGCAGAUGCCCCUGAACUUCCUGUAUGUGGUGGACACAUGUAUGGAAGAUGAUGAUCUGCAGGCGCUGAAAGAGUCACUUCAGAUGUCCCUCAGCCUGCUGCCUCCCACUGCUCUGGUGGGCCUCAUUACAUUUGGACGCAUGGUCCAAGUUCACGAGCUGGGCUGUGAAGGCAUCUCUAAGAGCUACGUCUUCAGGGGCACCAAAGACCUCAGUGCUAAACAGCUCCAGGAGAUGCUUGGAUUAAGUAAACCAGCUGCAGCACAGGCAGGCCGAGGUCCACAACAGCCUCAGGUUCCUCCUUCAAACAGGUUUCUUCAGCCAGUACAGAAGAUAGAUAUGAAUCUGACGGAUUUGCUGGGAGAGCUGCAGAGAGACCCCUGGCCCGUCACUCAAGGCAAACGACCACUGAGAUCACUCGGAGUGGCCCUUUCCAUUGCUGUUGGUCUGUUAGAGUGCACUUACCCUAACACUGGCGCUCGCAUCAUGGCUUUCAUCGGUGGACCCGCCACUCAGGGUCCAGGCAUGGUGGUAGGAGAUGAACUGAAAAUACCGAUUAGAUCCUGGCACGACAUCGAGAAAGACAAUGCCAAGUUCAUGAAGAAAGCCACUAAACACUAUGAAGCCUUGGCCAACCGUGCCGCCGCCAAUGGACACAUCGUUGAUAUUUAUGCGUGCGCUCUGGAUCAGACAGGAUUACUGGAAAUGAAGUGCUGCACCAACUAUACAGGGGGUUAUAUGGUCAUGGCGGACUCUUUCAACACAUCUCUGUUCAAGCAAACUUUUCAGAGAGUUUUCACUAAAGACGUGCAGGGUUCCUUUAAGAUGGCAUUUGCAGGGACUCUGGAGAUUAAGACUUCAAGAGAGAUAAAGAUUUCUGGAGCAAUUGGCCCGUGUGUCUCCCUGAAUGCCAAAGGUCCUUGUGUGUCAGAAAACGAAAUAGGAACUGGUGGGACAAGUCAGUGGAAGAUUUGUGGACUGGACCCAAAUACCACUCUCGCAUUCUACUUUGAGGUUGUGAAUCAGCACAACGCUCCUAUCCCACAGGGUGGACGUGGAGCCAUACAGUACGUAACACAGUAUCAGCAUUCUAGUGGACAGAGGCGCAUCAGAGUGACCACAAUUGCAAGGAACUGGGCUGAUGCUCAGACUCAGAUCCAGAGCAUCGCUGCAUCUUUUGACCAGGAGGCAGCCGCCAUCCUCAUGGCCCGCUUGGCCGUCUACAGGGCCGAGACGGAGGAGGGCCCGGACGUUCUGCGCUGGCUGGACCGACAACUCAUCCGCUUGUGCCAGAAAUUUGGAGAUUAUCAUAAAGAUGAUCCCAACUCAUUCCGUUUCUCCGAGACGUUUUCGUUGUAUCCUCAGUUUAUGUUCCAUCUGAGGAGGUCUUCAUUUCUGCAAGUGUUCAACAACAGUCCUGAUGAAAGCACCUAUUACAGACACCAGUUUAUGAGGCAGGACCUGACCCAGUCUCUGAUAAUGAUACAGCCCAUCCUCUAUGCAUACUCGUUCAAUGGGCCACCAGAGCCCGUGUUGCUGGACAGCAGCAGUAUCUUGCCUGACCGAAUCCUCCUCAUGGACACCUUCUUCCAGAUUCUGAUUUACCACGGAGAGACGGUAUCUCAGUGGCGUAAAGCCGGGUACCAGGACAUGCCCGAGUAUGAGAACUUCCGCCACCUGCUGCAGGCUCCUGUGGAUGAUGCCCAAGAGCUUCUACACGCUCGUUUCCCCAUGCCACGCUACAUCGACACAGAGCACGGUGGCAGUCAGGCUCGUUUCCUCCUCUCCAAAGUGAAUCCUUCUCAGACUCACAACAACAUGUAUGCAUGGGGUCAGGAGUCUGGCGCACCCAUUCUCACAGAUGACGUGAGUCUUCAGGUGUUUAUGGAUCAUCUGAAAAAGCUGGCAGUGUCCAGCGCUGCCUAAGAGCCUUCAGUCAUCAGUCUUUUUCUCAAUAACACAUAGCCAGCAGGAUCACAUUGGCACUGCCCUCAGUUUUUCCCAUUUAUAUCAUGCAUAUAUGGAGCCCAGAGCUUUGAAAAGAGAGAUUGAGUCAAUCGUUAAAUGGAAGUGUCAUUCUUUAAUGUUCAAUUAUGACAAAAAAAUGGCAGACACCCCAUCCUCAUAACACUACAUGUUGAGUAUACAUCAGGACAAGAUAUUUGCUGCUGUUUUAAUCAGGAUGAAUUUAUUUAGCUAUGUGAGUGAAGUGGCUACAUGGUUUAAGAAAUAGUUUACACAAAAAUGACAAUUCAGUCAUUAUUUACUUGUUUCCAUGCCAUUCCAAACCCAUAUGCUGCCUUUUUUUGUGCUUGGACACAAACUGAAUUUUUUAGAGAAUUGUUAUUUAGACAAAAAUUAAGUCUUUUGAAGCCAUAUGAUAACUUUCACUGUCUAGUCCACAUUUGCCUCCAAAAUUCAAAAAUGACGUCGCAUUCGCUUACUACACAAACACAAACCAACGCCGUUUUUGCUUGAUGGAUUUUACGCACCACAUACAAAGCUAUUGUACGUCUUUAGAAAACCUGCAAUGUAGUGCACAAUUCAUAUCGAUUAAUUUUACUGUGCUUGUUUCUUGUAGCAAAAAACAAUUCUUUAAAAGCUAUUACUUUGUGUUUUACUGAAAAAAUAACAGCAUACGGGUUUGGAACAACAUUAGGGUGAGUAAUGACUGAACAUUUAUUUUUUGCCUGAACUGUUGCUUCAAAUCUGAUGUUUACGUGUAUAAAGCUCUGUGAUGAGACCUCAUGUUGAACGGAGGGAGGAAACUAGCUUGUUUUAGCAUACCUGCAGCAGAUUCUUUUGUUUGCCUAGUCAAGGAAGGUGAAAGCAGUGCCAAUGUAGCCAAUUAAGCAUGAGAGCUCGAACGCCGCCUCCAGCCAACAGCGCAGAACAAUGGCUUAUUUUUAAAACCUGUGCGCGUCUCUCGUCUCAUUGCUGUUGAUGGUUUGUGUUUCAGCGCAAGGUUGAGUGCCCCUUUCCAAACAGACUUGCAGAAUUUGUAAGCUGCCUUUCUGUCUGUCGCUCUGAUAUUUAUGAGCCAUUUCUAGCAGUAUUGUAUGUUUUGUUUCUAAUAAAACCGGCGUCAUGAUCCCA